AUGCUUUCUACAGGCAAUUCAGAAGAGUUCAGAAAGGAGCUGUCUGGUAUCUCCGGGAAGGCUGAGAAGAAGUUCAAGCCCCUCACCGAGGAGGAGGAAAUUAAGUGGGUUCAGGUUGGAGCCAUACCAGAGUUUGUUUUGCGGGGCAUCGUGCCUGAGGAGCACGGUGUGCAGUCCGCCCCAGCAAAAGCCUGCCACCGCAAGCUUGUUGCGGGCUGGCCCGAGCGGGGGUUUCAGCCGCAAGGCUCGCAGAAAUUCGAGCACGAGUGGGUGAGCAGCAGAUCGGCUAUUGCGGCAGAGGAAUGUGAGGAGCGAUGGGAGCACCCAAAUCACGCCAAGAGCUCGGACGAUGUGAUUGCGCAGGCGGGUAAGCAACAAGGCUGUGGGCGACGGUGGAGGGUGAGCUUCGUCCAGCAGCAGCACGCGGAGAGGGAGAUGAUGGCCUGA